AUGGGGCAUGGCAUGGUGGGGUCGGCCAGCAGUGGACUGUCGUCAGAGGGGGGGCUUGUCACUGAGGAGCUGUGGCGUCACGUGAUGCGCACCUGCGCGAUCUUGGGCAAGGCUCAAGCCUGGGAGUCUUGGACUAUGCACUGCAGCGGCCGAUCGCGCUCCCUGAAUUUGGGUGAACCAGGUGAGCUCAAUAAGUAUGCCAUGCUGGGGCCAUGCUGGAGUCAGGCUGGGGCCAGAAAUAAGCCCCAGGCUGCCUCUCUCUCACUCACACGUGCGGCUUUGGAAGAAGCUAUCUCUUCUCGCCGGCCUACCAGCCCCCUCUGGCGCACUCGAGAUUACGUUUCCCUAAAUCUUACAAGUUACCACGUACUCCACUGUGCUUUUACCUUUGAGUCGUGUACUGUUGGCAGUUUCCACGCCCGAGAGUGGCAUUGUUUCGCCGAGCAUCUCCCAGCUUGUCACCUUGGGCGGCUUCACGCCCAGUGCAGCGAGACAUCAAAACUCCAGAUCGUCACAGAGCUCCAGCUGUCCAUCUUGGACUUGCUUGACGUCGUCGACUUGAUUCCCAUGAAGGCGGUUAACAAGCACUUUUGCGCUUUGACCGAGGCCCUCAUUUACAAACACAUUGACAUAACCUGGAGACCGAACGAGACGCCACCAAUCACUCUACUGCUCAGGACCUUGAUUGACCGGCCUGAGCUCUGUCAACGCAUCCGUGGACUGCGGCUCGAUGGCGAGGGAUUCACAACAUCUGGUGGUUAUCCCGACGAGCCACCUACACUGCCAGUCGCCUCGCUCUCAAUUGCCAAGGCAUCGGAGCUCAUCAGGUCGAGCAACGUGCCACAUGCCCAGCAGUGGGCAGAAGAGCUCCAGUUUGGCCAUGUCGACGCCAUCGUCGCCCUCCUUAUAUCUAUGCUGCCAAAAUUGACAACACUCCAUCUUGGUCCCAAUUUCACCGUUGAGAGCCGACUGUUGGGACAAAUGCUCCGAUCUGCCCUCUCUCAAUCGCCCCCAGCGUCUCGUUUACCUGCAUUUGAGCAGCUGCGACAGGUCACGUUUUGUCGCAGGACGAAUGAAUACCGUCAACGCACGGUCAAUAACUCGGCUGAUGUCCUCCCAUUCUUCUACCUCCCGGCAAUUCAUGACCUGUCGGUCUCCAUCGAUAAUCCGAAAGAUUUCUCGUGGCAUGAUCGAGCUCCGACGCCUUCCUCACUCAGAUCUCUGGAGGUAUACCGACUCCGAGAAAAUCGACUUGGGCCACUCCUCACGACUCUAAGCGGACUUCAGAAGCUGCACUGGCAUUGCUUUUAUCAGAAUGACCUGGACUGCGACGUCAGCAGAGACGUUGUCGAUCUCGACGAGUUGACCAGAGCGUUGGAUCGUAUUGGUAAUACUCUGAUAGACCUGACGAUUGAGGCGGAAACAAGCCCUGCCAUAUUGGCCGGAGACUAUGAGCCGCCUCCUUUGGCAAUUAGCGGAUCGCUAAUGGGUCUAUCGCGUUUGCGUCAAGUGAAGAAGCUUUGCGUGCCGUGGGUUUUCCUGAUGGGGCAAUCGCCUCCCGGGGGAUGUCGACUUGGACAUCUGCUCCCGCCAACACUUCAGCUUCUCAAGUUGUCAGCCGAUUUAGAUGAGCCUGCGGAGAAAUGGAUGUGGUACGAUCCCGAUUCCAUCAUUCAAGCCAUCAAGACCGCUGUGCACGACUCGACCAUGUCGUCAUUGCCUGACUUGCGUCGCAUCAUUCUACCAAUACCCCAAUGCGUUGGCGACUUAACUGAGGAGAGAAGAGCGCAACUCAGACAGCUAAGCGACAGGGUAGGUAUACAACUGGAACCGGAGGAUGAUUGA